AAGAUCAGUUUCCAUUGCACUUCAAAUAUCAUUGAAAAGUCAUAAUUCUCUACACUUAGAAUUAUUAUGCCCUUUGAAAUGCUAUCAAGUGUUGUGAACAUUACUUACAUUACAUCGUUUUUGACUGUUGCUGACCCCUGUCACUGGUCCCAUGGGCUCUACCGGAAGGGGCGUGACUUCGCCGCUAUUUAGAAUCCAAUCAGCUGGACUAGAUAGAUGGAACGUCAAGGACUACCCCUUUGGAUCUAGAUUGAGGUUGCCAAGCGACGGGCGGAAAGAGAGAACUCCAACCAUGGAUAACCACGUUUUGGUUUAGCUAAUGUGGCCGCUGGUCGAGAUGACAUUUAUCCUAACGGCGUUAGGCCUAUAGAGUGUCAAAAUAUGAGUUUUGAGUUCCAAAACAGACAAGCACCAGUCUUUAUUUUCUUUGGCCUGGAGAUAUUGUCCGCGUAGUCUAGAUACUGAAAAUCUCGUUAGAGUCCCAUCGAACUCCAUACUUGUAACUUCUUAAGUAACUGCAACGACAUCCGAGGCCAUAAUUAGUAAUGGGACGCAAACCUAAACAGCUUGGCAGACCACUUAAUAUCAAAGAUACGCCGAUCAACACCAAACUGAUCCAAAAAAAAAACAAGUAUAGGAGACCAAUAACUGAGAAAAUCAACAUUUAUCAACCACUGCUUGAGGAGACUGAGCUCGAAGAAAUAGAAGUUCCAACUGCCCAAGGAAGCUUGAACAAUGUGGAGCCCGUUCAGUUCGAUGCGCUCCGUUCGAGGGCCGUGUGCAUCGGCAAACUGAAUUUUAAAAACCUCAGCCAUCCAAGUACCACCAUUUCGAACACUAACGGACGUGCAUCGUCACCAAUGCCAACAUUUGAGUCCCCUGAAGAUGAUCCGAUUGUCCUGGGGGAAGCUCUGGAAUCAUGGUCUGCAUCGUCUGAUCUAGAGUAUGACACGUUCGCCAGCCACGACGUCUCUGAUGGUAUCUUCGGUCCGUUAUCGUCCACUACCUGUACCAGCAGCCUGCCAACCCCUGAAGUAUUUCGUCAUGAGUGCGACAAAGGGUCUCUGAGUGUGUUGGCAUUAAGGCCACUGGACUUCUCCAUUGAGGAGGAGCUGCUGCAUCCUAAAGUGAAGAACUCGACCCUGCUUGAUGUCAGCAAUGCUAAUAAUAUUCACAUGGAACAGCCUAUCGACCUCUCCUUCAUCACAGGAACUAAAGUUGAAUCUAGGAGAGGCUGCAAACCAUUUUGUUUCAGACUGGAAUUUUAAAAAGAUUUCACCAAAGGUUAGGAAUGCUACGCUAUGCAAUGCUUUUGUUAAAUUGAGAUUGCCAUUACUUGCGUUUCAUGCAUUCAUAUUUGUAAUAGUUCAGGGGCAUUGUUUUGACUUCACAUGUUUAACAGACCAGGCCCUCAAUUGGAGCCCCUUCAGUCGAGGUCCAGCAGAAGGUACACCUCCACAGGCCUGUUUUUGAUGUGACCCUGAGACCAACCGAUGCCACCCAAGAUGCCCGGGCUGCAUUCCAAACAUCCAUUAAGGAGCCCAUGGGGAAGGGGAAGGCUGAAAUAUUUGAUGAGCAGUCCAAACCUCAUUUCCCCAGAAGACCAGGCCAGGACCCUCCCCGCAUAUUAAACUUCACCUGCCUUGAAGACCGUGAUGCCUUUUUUCAGAGAUUGAGAGAUCGCUACACCAGACUAAGGAGCGUUCCUCUCUUUCUUCAAACAUACAAUGGUGUCCCAAGCCGAGAUGUCCUCUUCUAAAGUCUGCCCACAUUUGUGCAAUAUUGUUAUUGGGAAUAAUUUGCGCAGCCGCAAACUAACCACCAGAUGUCAGGCUUUCUUCGUUGGAUGAUAGUAUGGUGAAUUUAAAUAAGGUUUUGUUGCACAGUUCUUGGUGUUAAAAAUAAAAAAGACGUGUGUCUUUCAUUUGUUCUGA